AUGAAAUUACAGAACAUGGAGCGUAGAAAAGAUGUCAGGCCUGUCUUAGAUGAAUUCUGGGACAUAUAUGAUGGCAAAUGGCCUGUGAUAAUAACAGAUGUUGUUGAUAAAUGGCCAGCUAUAAACUGGACUAAACGUUUCUUUCAACAAAAUUAUGCAGAUGAAAAAGUUAUGGUGAAAGCUGUUGUGAAUAGAAAACCUGCAGCAUUAGCAGUUGACAUGGACACUUUUAUAAGUGAGCUGGACACUUCUGGACCAAAUGGUUGGACCUAUCUUGAGGAUGAACUAUUUAUAGUCACCAGACCUGAACUUAAGAAAGAUAUUGGUCCUAAUGUGUAUGCAGAAGAAAAUUUCUUUAAUCUGUUCCCAGAUGAAGUUAGACAUUGGGACUGUUUGAUGUUGUGGGGUUCACAAUUUUCUAGGUCCAGUUUACAUAUGGACCUUUACAACUGGACUGCUACUAAUGCUGUUUUGUAUGGUCAAAAAUCAUGGAUGAUAAGAUAUAUUGACAUUCAUUGCUACAAAUGCUGUAUUGUAUGGUCAAAAGUCAUAGAUGGUAAGAUAUAUGGACAUUCAUUGCUACAAAUGCUGUAUUGUAUGGUCAAAAGUCAUGGAUGCCCAAUUGAUGCUUUUGUGCCAGAUUCAACCAAGUACCCACAUUUUGAUAAAGCCCAGUAUCUAGAGGUUACAGUUACUGCUGGAGAAAUGUUAAUUAUCCCAACUGGAUGGUACCAUCAGGUGAAGCUGUUCUUAUCUCUCCUUCAUAAGAAGAUUUUAAGGAAAGGUAAAGAGGUGACAGAGGGUGUAUUGAAAGACAUGCAUCAGAAGAAAGUGUUGAACAGUUGA